AUGGACUGUCGAGAAUCUUUCGAGGAGGUGAUACGGUUACGUGAGCAAAUCCUGGAGACCAAGGCUAGUGCGAGCAGCGGUAACUGUCGUGGACGUCGGCAAGCUCCGAGGGUACCUAUGGCCAUCGCAGGCAACAAAUGUGACAGGGAACUCAGAACAGUGCAAGCGGAGGAAGCGACCGCCUACUGUGCAACUCAAGACUCCGCCUGCGUUUUCAUGGAAACUUCAGCGAAGAAAAACUUUCACGUUGACGACUUAUUCUAUGAACUCUUCGUAGUUGCCAACUUACCUUUAGAAAUGGCUCCUAAUCAUCAUAAAAGAGUGAACGCCGCGUUCGGAAGCCCCUGUACAUUACCCCCCACCAGUAGCCAAAGUAGUAGAAGUAAGAAAUGUACUCUAUCUAUUAAAAGAAGACUGUCAGAUGCGUGCGGAGUAGUAGCCCCUAAUGUUAGACGACCCAGUAUUAGAACGGAUCUGAUGAUAAUGAGAACGAAGACGUGUGCCAAAGGUGAUGGAGAUGGAGUCGGUGGCAGCCCCAAGCUCAAUUUGAAUCGUCUAGUAAGGUCUAACGCCCAAACUGACAAAAGAUCGUGUAUUAUACAGUAA